AUGAAAUAUACAAAGGCUGAAAAGGAAAAGUUGAUAGCCUUUUUGAAAGAAGAAUCGGAUAAUAGAAUACGACGUCUUGAAGGGGAAUGUUUACAGCUAGCUAAGGAUUCAGAAACUAAAAUCUUAAGAAGGUUGAAUAAUGUAAGCGCGACACUUUGGAACGUUCAAUUGAAAGAUGUCUUGAUGAUAGAAAGACACCACAAACCUUCCAUAAAGCAUUUGAUUUCUGAUAUUAAAUCGGUACAGCAGGAACUGUCCUUUUUAAGCUAUAACAGUGCUGGAGAUAGCUCCAUUGCUGCUUCUGCCAGUUCUGGUAGACCAUUGAGAAGUGUGUCGGACUCUAAAGUAAAUAAACCGAGUCGCACCCAAUCCAGGCAAAGAACUGCAUCAUCGCAUCACUAA